AUGCGGCUCGCGCCCCAGACAGCCUGGCUGGCUCUCGUGGCGGAGGAGGCUGGUGCCUCCCUGCUGUAUGAUGCGACCCGGCCGAGGCAGCUGACGGCGGCAAGCACCCCUCGGCGCCCCUCACAGGCGGCCUUGGUUUGCUUCCUGGGCCGGAGCCGGAAAGACCGAGCGCUACGCUACCUGUUCCCGGACAACCCAUCACGCAAAGUCGGAGGGUUUAACCUGCGGGUCGAUCACCGCACGUGGCCCACAGAACGACCGAUUCUCUUCGCUGAUGGGGAUCCGCUCCGGGACUGCCAGUUGCCCGACACCGAGCUGCUGGCCCGCGACGAGCCGAUCCCCAUUACCUGGAGCUCUGACCCGGCUCUGCCGCUGCAGGACGUCAUUGUCGCAAGGUGCUUGCUUCCCUUUGCUCACGUCACAUGCAUCUUUGCUGCAGACCUCGGGGGACUGCCCAGUGUUCGCCGCCUCUUGAAUCGAUGGGCGGUAGCAGGCCGUGAUGCCACGCGGCCGUCGCUGCAGACGCGUAUCAUUGUCCUGGUUGACGCGGACGAGGUGUCCGAGUCGGAUGGGCAGGCCUUGUUCCAGCAACUGGACGGAUCAGAGCUGUACGCGAGCGUGCAUCUGCUUCCGGUGUCACGGGGCGACGUGCUCUCCGACGAGGCGAGGUAUCGCCCGGUAAAGGAAGAGAUUCUCAAAGCCCUGGACCGGGCGACCCGGGAGCGAGUGACGACACAGACAUCUUUCUUGGCGUGUCAUCUGGCCCGCUUUCUGGAGGGUGCUAUCCGCCACACGGCUCAGGACCACCAGAAGCCGUUUGAUCUGAUCGCAGCGGGCCGCCCCCAGCCCCGACCAGCCGAGUGGGCUGCCUGCAUCGGGGACUUUCUCGAGCAGACGCAGGCCAUUGGCUCCGAGACGCAGGACCAGCUCCUCGCCUCGAGUCUCCUGCUGGACGCCUACCCGCCGGAUACUCACGGAUUCCACCCGCGCGAUCUGUUCCGCCAACGCUACCGACAGCCCUGCCUGGACGCGCUGCGGGGGGUUGCAUGUUCCGCUACAGCCACGGCUCGCGCCGACUCGAUCGAGUCACGGCUGGUUGACGCCCAUGCAUGCCUGCUGGACCAGGACGUGAUUCCGUUAGCGCUCCAUGUGCAGCACCUGGCCGAAUGGCGGGCGAUUUUCGAACGUCUCCACAGCAACCGUACGUGUUUGGGUUGCCUUCUGUGCCGCCCGCAACAUCCGCUGGCCUGUGGCCAUGCCCUGUGUGACCGCUGCAUCGAGCGUUACGGUCGACCCGCCCCGCGGAGAGAGUCGGCCUUUGUCGUCGAGACCUGCCCACUGUGUCAAGCUCCAUGCGUCACAUCGGUGGUUCUCUUGCCUCCCACCGCGGCUGUGCGUGCCCUCGCCGUGGAUGGGGGCGGCGUUCGUGGCGUCAUCCCCAUCCGAAUCUUGCUGGGCCUGCAACUCAUCCUGGGGCCCAAAUGCUCCCUUCCGGGGCUGAUUGAUGUCGCAUUUGGCACCAGUGCCGGUGAGGAUGGCAACACAACCUGUCCUUUUCCCUGA